AUGGGAUUUCCAGUAGGUUACACAGAGGUUUUUCUACCGAAGCUAUUCGUACAAACACUAUCGAUUCUGGGUUUCAUAAGAACAAUCGUCUUCUCCAUCUUCCGAUUCAUGGGUCUCUCCGAUUUCCUCGAAAUGGAUCAAAACUGGCCUGAUUACACUUCUUACCCGACCCGAAUACCCGAAAUCCGCUCACCUUUCUCCGCUCUCUUAAUCAGAGAGAUCUUACCGGUUAUAAAAUUCAAAGAAGUUACAAACUCCGGCGAAGAUCUACCGGAAAACUGCGCCGUUUGUCUAUACGAAUUCGAAGGAGACCAAGAGAUCCGGUGGUUACGAAACUGCAGACAUAUUUUCCACCGGAGCUGUCUCGACCGUUGGAUGGAUCAUGAUCAGAAAACGUGUCCUCUUUGUAGAACACCUUUUGUUCCCGAUGAGAUGCAAGAAGAGUUUAAUCAACGGCUUUGGGCUGCUUCUGGUGUUCAUGAUUUUCACGGCGAGUAUAGUCCGGUCACGGAAUUAUAG